GUGAUAUAUCAAGACAAGAGACAUUCUAUUUCUGUGCCAGUCACACAUUUGAAUCUCAGCCAGUAGCCUAUAAUGUUUUCUUGCUUAUCAAGGAGUGUAGCGGAUAAGGUGUUUUCUGAAUUCCAGAAAACAUUGAGCUGUUUUCAGAACUGUCCUAAGCUCUUUGCAACCGAGGCUUCAUUUGAAACUAAGCCUUUCAAACUACACAAGCUUGAGAAGGGGCCAUCCACACAAGUGUCCAUCAACAGAGAAGAUGCCCUCAAGUUCUACAGACAAAUGCAGACUAUUCGGCGGUUGGAGACCUCAGCUGGCAAUUUGUAUAAAGAGAAGAUUAUCAGAGGAUUCUGUCACUUGUAUGCGGGGCAGGAAGCAGUUGCGGUGGGGAUGCGAGCGGCUAUGCGCAAGGAUGACUCGGUCAUCUCUGCGUACCGUGUGCACGGCUGGACUUACCUAAUGGGUGUAUCUGUGUACGGAGUGUUGGCAGAACUGACCGGUCGCAAGUCCGGCUGUGCCCGAGGCAAAGGUGGCUCCAUGCACAUGUACACUCACAACUUCUAUGGUGGCAAUGGGAUUGUAGGAGCCCAGGUACCAUUGGGAGUCGGAGUUGCGUUUGCUGCCAAGUACAAAGGUAUAGAUGGGGUGUGCUUUGCUCUGUAUGGGGAUGGGGCAGCCAAUCAGGGUCAAGUAUUUGAAGUGUACAACAUGGCUAAGCUGUGGGACAUCCCAUGUGUGUUUGUAUGUGAGAAUAACGGCUACGGCAUGGGAACUAGUGCUGAGAGAGCAUCAGCAAACACUAACUACUACACCAGAGGUGACUACAUACCUGGCAUUUGGGUGGAUGGGAUGGAUGUGCUGGCAGUGAGGGCAGCCACACAGUUUGCCGUGGAGCACUGUCGCAGUGGCAAGGGGCCGCUAGUGAUGGAGACUGUAACAUACCGCUACAGUGGCCACUCCAUGUCUGAUCCUGGCACAUCAUACCGCACCAGGGAGGAGAUACAGAAUGUGCGACAGACUCGCGACCCAAUCACAUCAUUCAAGGAGAAGAUCCUAUCCUCACAACUGGUCACCGCUGAUGAAGUUAAGAAAAUAGAGACUGAUAUAAAAAAAGAAGUAGAUGAAGCAACAACCAUAGCAAAGACCGAUGAAGAAAUCCCAAUGGAUGAGAUUGCUUCAGACAUAUGUGUCAACUUUCUGGAGCCUGAAGUGAGAGGAAUUGUACCAUGGUUUCCCAUAAGACACAAAAGGGUUGGGCCAGCUGUCAAUUCCAAAUAAGUCUUUCAGUAUGGCACCAUUUGAAAACUUUUUGUAAGAAUUAUUGUAACUUUUCAACUUUAAAUAAAAUUAUUUUUUUUAAA